AUUUCUUAGUAUAACAGCCCAUUAUAUUGAUUCUGACUGGAAUCUUAAAGAUGUUCUUGUAGAUUUUGUUUAUCUUGCAGGAUCCCAUUUAGGUGAAAAUAUAGCACAAGUAUUCAUGGAAUCCCUUUAG